AGACAUGCUGAGCUCUCAUGCUAUUGGCUGUGACAAUUGCUGUUAGCUAGGAGUCGCUGUGCACUCUACAUGUGUUUGUGUGUGCGAGAGAGAGAGAGGGACACACACAUAGAGAGCUGUGCUGAACGGAGAGACAGUCACUUACUGGCUUUUCAUUUUUUUUAAAAAAAAGCAUAGAAUGCUGGUGUCUAUUGCCUGUAGCGUUUCAGGGGUCUUGCUGCAGCUUUCAACACUGAUUCUCCCCUCAGUGUCUGGUUUCUGCUCCCGAGACCACUGAACAGACAACGUGAGCGAACUGAGUCACUCGGCUAUCCCAGUGUUGACACUGGGGCUGUUUUUUAUUUUGAUGUGUGUCAACUGAUUCAGUGGUCGUGGCCCUGGCGAGGGGGUGCACAGUGUGUUGGAGGAUGGGGGCAAAGGAAGAACAUUAAAAAAAAGGUUGGGGGAGGAAAACUGCCAGCUGAUUUGUCGUUAUUUUUUUUCUUCCAUUUGCUGUUGGGUUUCUGUUGUAUUGGGGGGGUUAAUCAGAUCAGUUUAUAUAUUCCCCCCCCCCACCUCCACCACUUCGAGUUAGAGAAGUUUAAAUGUAUCUCAAUGGCUGGAGUACACGCCCUUCAGCUCAAACCUGUCAGCGUACCCGAGAACUUAAGGAAGGGAUGCAAAUUUAUGAAAUGGGACGAUGAUUCCACAACUGUAACUCCUGUUACAUUGAAAGUGGAUCCACAAGGACUGUUCCUUUACUGGACAGAUCAAAACAAGGAGACAGACCUGCUGGAAAUCAGCCUCGUCAAGGAUGCUCGUACGGGAAAGUAUGCAAGGAAUCCCAAGGAUGCCAAGCUCCGAGAGUUGUUGGAUGUUGGAAAUCAAGGAGGUCGCCUGGAGAGCAGGAUGGUCACUGUGGUUUAUGGACCAGAUUUGGUCAAUAUUUCCUAUCUCAACUUCAUGGCCUUCCAGGAAGACAUUGCAAAGGAAUGGACUGAUGCAUUAUUCAGCCUGGCCACUAACCUGCUAGCACAGAACAGAUCAAGAGACACUCUGUUGCACAAAGUGUACACCAAACUCAAACUCCAGACAAGCCAAGAUGCCCGGAUCCCGGUUAAAAACAUUUUCCGGAUGUUUUCUGCUGAUCGGAAACGUGUCGAAACUGCAUUGGACGCAUGUGGUCUUCCAUCUGGAAGGAAUGACUCCAUUCCGCAAGAAAGUUUCACAACUGAAGUAUUCCAGGCUUUCUUGAAUAACAUCUGCCCUCGGCCUGAAAUUGACGCCGUUUUCUCGGAAUUCGGUGCGAAGAACAUGGCAUAUCUAACGGUAGACCAGAUGACAGAGUUCAUCAAUUCCAAGCAGAGAGACCCACGUUUAAAUGAGAUCCUGUACCCUCCAGUGAAACCAGAACAAGUGCAGCUGCUCAUUGAGAAAUACGAACCGAACUCCACACUUGCAAAGAGAGGGCACAUAUCCAUCGAUGGGUUUAAGAAGUACUUGAGUGGUGAUGAGAAUGGAGUAAUUCCACCAGAGAAGUUGGAUCUGAAUGAAGAUAUGACUCAACCCUUGUCACACUAUUUCAUCAACUCAUCACAUAACACCUACCUCACAGCCGGGCAGCUUGCUGGAAACUCUUCUGUGGAGAUGUACCGCCAGGUCCUACUGGCGGGGUGUCGGUGUGUGGAGCUGGACUGCUGGAAGGGCCGGUCAACAGAGGAGGAACCGGUCAUCACUCACGGAUUUACCAUGACAACCGAGAUAUGUUUCAAGGAAGUAAUUGAAGCUAUCGCUGAGUGUGCUUUUAAGACCUCUCCUUAUCCUGUGAUCCUCUCAUUCGAAAACCAUGUUGACUCUCCAAAACAACAGGCUAAAAUGGCAGAAUACUGCAGGUCGAUAUUUGGAGAUGCUUUACUGAUGGAAGACCUGGAAAAAUACCCGCUCGAGGCUGGAGUGCCCCUUCCAAGCCCGCACGACAUGAUGGGCAAAAUUCUCAUUAAGAACAAGAAGAAAGGACACAAACCGUCUGAUGGAAGUGCCAAGAAGAAGCUCAGUGAGCAGGCAUCAAACACACAGAGUGACUCCUCAAGUGUCUUCGAGCCCUCAUCUCCAGGAGCAGGUGAUGGAGAAGCAGAAAGUGACGAAGAAGAAGAUGAUGAUGAAGAUUCCAAGAAAUCCUCAAUGGAUGAGGGGACUGCUGGAUGUGAAGCGAAUGCCACAGAAGAAAUGUCCAACCUGGUUACUUACAUACAGCCGGUGAAGUUUGAAUCCUUUGAGGUGGCUAAGAAGAACAACAAGAGUUUCGAGAUGUCGUCCUUUGUGGAGACGAAGGCUCUGGAGCAGCUGACCAAAUCUCCUGUUGAAUUUGUGGAGUACAACAAGAGACAGCUGAGCCGCAUUUAUCCAAAGGGAACACGAGUGGAUUCCUCAAACUACAUGCCUCAGGUAUUUUGGAACGCCGGAUGUCACCUGGUAGCUCUGAACUUCCAGACGUUGGAUCUGGCUAUGCAACUGAACAUGGGGAUGUUUGAGCACAACGGGAAAAGUGGCUUCCGCCUGAAGCCGGAGUUCAUGAGACGGACAGACAAGCACUUUGACCCCUUCACUGAGACCACUGUGGAUGGGAUUGUGGCCAACACACUGUCAGUAAAGGUGCUCUCGGGUCAAUUUCUAUCCGACAAGAAAGUUGGGACUUAUGUGGAGAUAGACAUGUUUGGUCUUCCAGUGGAUACUAGACGAAAGGCUUUCAAAACAAAAACGUCACAAAACAACGCGGUAAAUCCAAUCUGGGAAGAUGACGCAAUUGUGUUUAAAAAGGUUGUGCUACCGUCUCUGUCAUCAUUACGGAUAUCUGUCUAUGAGGAAGGUGGGAAAUUUAUAGGCCACCGUAUACUGCCUGUCCAAGCUGUUCGACCAGGUUAUCACUAUAUCUGUCUAAGGAAUGAACGGAACCAGCCAUUGAUGCUACCUACCCUCUUUGUAUACAUAGAAGUUAAAGACUAUGUCCCUGAUACAUUCGCAGAUGUGAUUGAAGCAUUGUCUAAUCCUAUUAAAUACGUGAAUCUGAUGGAGCAAAGAGCUCAGCAGCUUGCAGCACUAACUCUGGAAGAUGAGGAAGAAGAAAAGAAAGAUGCGGAACCCGGUGACAUUCCCACAGAGCCUAACAAUGAUCCCAAGACAGCUCCAGCGGAGAAUGGUGUCAGUCACACAUCCAGUCAAACAUCCAAACCCUCAACGCAAGUCACCCAUGUUCAGCCUGCACCAGCUGCAGUCAAAACAGCUGGUAAGGCAGAAGAUCUCAUUCACAGUGUCUUGUCAGAGGUGGAAGCCCAGACCGUGGAAGAGCUAAGGCAGCAGAAAGCAUUUGUGAAACUUCAGAAGAAGCACUACAAAGAAAUGAAGGAGCUGGUGAAGAAACACCACAAGAAAACCACUGACUUGAUCAAAGAACACACGGCGAAAUCCAGCGAGUUUCAGAGCGAUUACUUGAGGCGCAGGGUACUUCUGGAAAAAUCAGCAAAGAAAGAUGGUAAGAAGAGGCUUGAAUCAGCGAGUCCAGAGCAUCCCAAUUCCAGCGUCGAGCAAGAACUUUCUGCCCUUGAUGUGGAGAUGACGCAGAAAUUAGCAGAACUCAAAGAACAACAGCAGCAGCAACUGUUAAACCUGAGACAGGAGCAGUAUUACAGUGAAAAAUACCAGAAGCGGGAGCAUGUUAAACAGCUCGUGCAAAAACUGACAGAAGUAGCUGAGGAGUGCCAAGCCAAUCAGUUGAAGAAACUGAAGGAGCUCUGUGAAAAGGAGAAGAAGGAACUGAAGAAGAAAAUGGACAAAAAGCGUCAGGAGAAGAUCACUGAGGCGAAGUCGAAAGACAAGAAUCAGAUGGAAGAGGAGAAGACUGAAAUCAUCCGAACUUAUAUUCACGAAGUCGUGCAGUCAAUUAAAAGGUUGGAAGAUGCACAGAGCAAAAGGCAAGAGAAGUUGGUGGACAAACACAAAGAGGUGCGGCAGCAAAUCCUGGAUGAGAAACCUAAGCUGCAGAGUGAUCUCGAUCAAGAAUACCAGGACAAGUUUAAGAGGCUGCCACUGGAAAUCCAAGAAUUUGUACAGGACACAUUGAAGGGGAAGUUCACUGACGAUGGAGAUCACAGUGCUCCACCUCCCUCCCUCAUUCCAGAUAAUGGGAAAUCGAAUCACAAGACAUAUUCCAACGAAGACGACUUAGAAGAUGAUAAAUCGGAUAAAGUCUUCGAUACUUCGCUUUGAUGUGGUCUUUUUAAACAGUGUAAUCCCAUGACUUUUUUGUUUGCAGGUGGAGGAGGCAGUGAGGUAUGUGGGCAGGUGAAUAACUGCUUGAAUACGUCUGGUAUUCGGUGCAGUGUCAGGUGUGUGUGUGUGUGUGUUUGUGUGUGUGUGUGUGUGUGUGUGUGUGUGCGCGCGCGCGCACAUUCUGUUCAAGUGCCAGUGCAAAGCUAAUUGUACAAUGCCACACAUUACAUUUAAAAAAAGAUCAGAGGCACUAAUGACCUGUAAUGCAAAUUAGCCAACCUUGACAACCCACAUAUCCAUAACAUUGCAUGUUUGCAUCAUGUUGUAAGAAACCUUUGCUUCAGUCACAAGCUCAGGUUUGCCAUUGUCUUUGCUUUAUACAUCAGUACACUUGCCAAACAAAUUGUACAUUGCUACUUACUUUUUUGCUGAGUUAAGAAUGUUGCUUAUUAUAAUGGGAGUUUCAGUUGUGCGAUUCUAAAACUUUCUGUAUAGCUUUGUCCAGUAUAUAUAAAGGUAAAUACGUUUCAGGGAUGCAUGCAUGAUGGAAGUAUUAUGGUUAUCACUGUGGAUACCUUAAAAUGUAACUGUUUGGAGACAGUUUUGUUGUGGAGUUUGUGCUGUGAUGUACUUCAACGUAGCUUUACAGGGUAAAAUAGAAAAAUGUCUUUGACUUGUGUGUACAAAGUAGAGUUACAUUGAUAUCACAGAUUUUCUAAACCAGGAUUGUCAUUACAAGUUAAUGUGGGUGACAUCAUGGAAAGUCCUUAUAUCUGUCUGCACAAUCAAAAUAUUGUAACUUGCUUACAUCUGCAUCAUUUGUAAAAUUUGUUUUGUACAAUACCAGUGGUUGUAAAUAUCCUGAAAUGAACGGGAACAAAAAAAAAGAUGCAGGCAAGUCAUUGUAUUAAUGUGUUUGAAUGCACUUUCUGAAUGAAAUUUUAAUUUCAAAAUUAAACACUGAAUAAUGCGAUAAAACUGACGAUUAGUCAUCACUGGUAACUCUGCAGGAUAGUCACUGAAACAUUUUGUGCAACCUGAAUUCUUUGAUCUUUGGCACGAUUCACUCUCUGCCAAACAUGAAACACACAACUAAUACAGGUUUUGCAGCCGUUAAAUGGACAGGAACAGUAGUUUUAGAUUUAAGGGACUAUAUUAUUGUAAAAAUAUUUCAAUGUCAUUUUGGCUGCUCAAACUAUGAAAUACAUGGAUCUGUAUUUCUGCUACAUUCGGUAUGUGUAAUUAUUCUGAGUGAAAACAUUUCAUUGCCAUCAUUUGGUGCAGUAUUUGUCUAAUAAUGGUGUUUCAGCAAAAUGUUCUCUUUAUUUUUAUACGAUUUAAUGUGUUACUGUAAUGAAAUCCCCAUUACCAAGAGUCUGGCUUUUUAAAUGCUCAGCAUUAAUGAUGAGGUGUCUUUUUCUAAACUUCAUUUUAACUGUGACAAAUUAUCACAAAAACAGAAAAUCAUGGUUUUAUUCUGUCUUUGUCACCCCUAUAGUCUUCAACGGUUAUAACUGAAGUAUGUGUGUCUAUAUAUGUACACAUAUAUAUAUAUAUAUAUAUGUACAGAUAUAUAUGAAACAUACACAUACAUACACACACCAUAUUUGUUGUUUAAUGUUACUUGGAUUAGAUUUGUUGAAUCUAACAGAAGGGGUCUAUAUGAUGUGAGAGUCUUGUGCCUUUAAAGUAUUUGCCUUGUUCUGUAUCUGUCUAAGUGGAAUAUUCAAAGUACUUACUGUGGAAAUCUGUAUUUAUGGGCUGUUCUGUACUGAACUAGACUUUAUGUGCACUUCAUUUAACAACUGCAAACACUACAGCUUGUGUUCAGCAUUAAAUGCGGGUCAUUCUUGGAUUAGGACAUUUAACAAUGUUUCACAAACUUAAGCUUUGGGCCAGACAAAUAAUGAAAUCUGUGGUAAUAGUGAGUGAAGCAUAAUUCUGUUUAUCUCACUGAUCAUAUGAAGUGGAUGGUCAGUGCCCUAAUAUUGCUCAAAUGUUUUGACAUUAAGUUAACUGUAGAAUAACAAAGUAAGCAAAGAGAGCACUUCACGUGAUAAGGGUGUAAAUAAUAUUGUCUUUAACAAUGAUAAUUUGUUCCGAGAAGCUUAUUCAAAUUUUGUAUGAAUUCUAUGCAAUUUUCUGGCAUGAUGUUUCUUCCACUAGUAAUUUUAUGUGCAUUCAUCAGUUAUAAUGGAAAAAUAAAACUUCUUUGAACAUGGGUUUCUCUGU